UUAUACCAAUUAUCCCUACAAGCUAAGCUCACAUAUAGAACAGAUCCCUGAGUUCCCAUGGCAGCUAACAACAAACUGAUACUCGUGUUACUCUCCCUGCUUCCUCACAUCAUCAUCUUCUUGGCAACCGCCACAACAGCAAAACACUACGACACCAAGGCCCACGUGGAGUCGUUGUGCCGGACUACCUUGUACCCGAACCUGUGUGUUCGGUCGCUAUCACGUUACGUGCGCUCACGAGCGAUGCAAAAUCCACGGGACCUGGCCCGAUUCGCGCUCAAAGCGAGCCUGUACAGAGCCAAGUACACAAAGGCGUUCUUGUUGAAAGAGGUGAAGAACCUGGAGACGCUGAGGCCCCAAUACUACGCGUUGGUUCACGAAUGCUUGACUCAGAUCAGAGACAGCGUGAACCAGCUGAGCCUAGCCAUAGCGGAGCUGGACAGGGUGAACAGGAGAGGCGGAAAGAGCCAAGGAGAUUUGGACUGGCACAUAAACAACCUGCAGACUUGGACAAGCACAGCUCUCACAGACGCCGAGACUUGCGUGAGUCAAUUCCCCGGGCGGAGGAUGAGCAAAUUGAAGGCUACCAUUAAAGGGAAGGUGAAGAAUGUUGAGGAAACCACAAGCAAUGCUCUCGCCUUCAUCGACCACUACGCCGCUGCUAGGUACAGAGCCAGACGCCCCUGA